CAUUGGCAAUGUCGCAUGCUUAGCGGUGUUCGGUGUUUCUUCUGUACUAUUUGUAGGCUGUAGCUUUUGUGAACUUUGUUAUUUUUGCUUCUAAAAGUUUGGUGAUAUUUUUCUGGUGCUAUUUCAGCUCACGUGUUUUUUUUAUAAGAUUUUCCCCGGAAUGGCUACUGAUCCCCAGAUUGUGAUUGAUAAAUCAUUGAGAUCCGUUUUCGUCGGGAACAUUCCUUAUGAUGUCACUGAAGAGAAACUGAAAGAUAUUUUUAGUGAAGCAGGGCCAGUUGUCUCUUUCAAGAUUGUUUAUGAUCGGGAAACUGGUAAACCAAAAGGUUAUGGAUUUUGUGAGUACCGGGAUCAAGAGACAGCUCUUUGUGCAAUGAGAAAUCUUAAUGGCUAUGAAAUUGCUGGCAGGACAUUAAGGGUGGAUAAUGCAUGCACAGAAAAGUCAAGACUUGAAAUGCAAAGUUUGAUGCAGGAGAAAACAACUGAAAGUCCUUAUGGAGAUAUAGUUGACCCAACACAAGCUCCUGAAAUGAUAUCAAAAGCUGUGUCAUCUCUUCCACCAGAGCAAAUGUUUGAACUAAUGCAGCAAAUGAAGCAAUGCAUACAAAACAACCCAAACGAAGCCCGGCAAAUGCUUUUACAGAAUCCUCAACUUGCAUACGCCCUGCUUCAAGCCUUGGUCGUUAUGCGUGUAGUCGAUCCCAAUAAUGCUCUUAGUAUGCUGCAAAAGGGUCCCGGACAAACUGACAUGGGAAUGGGAGCAUCACACUUCACAAAAACACCCAACUUUCCAAUACCGAGUAAUGAACCUUGGGUAGCAGGCUCGGGUCCUAGACAAGCACUCCUUGGAGAUCGCCCUUUUGCUGGGCAAGAUUUGGAUUUGCGUCAUGCUGAUCCUCGAAUGGGUCGAGGUGACCAUGAUCUGCGUGUCCCACCAGCUGCUCCCAUGCCCGUAGGAGGAAUAGGAAUGCAACCAACUAUGCAGCAGCAACCCGUACGUCCACCACAAACGAUGCCCGAGAUGGAUUCGAGGCGUGACCCACGUUCUAGUGGUCCAACAGGUCCACGUGAUCCACGUGCAGGGAUGAGCAGGCAAGGUCCCGGUCCUGGAGUACCUCCCAUCCCUGUUCCACAGCCAAACGUUCCUUCGGCUUUAUCUGGUGCUGCACUGAAUACUCAGCCAGCAGCUGCACCAACAGCUGGAGCUAUUGGUCGAGCACUAGGUCCAGGGACAUCAGAUCAAGAGAAGGCGGCUCUUAUCAUGCAAGUACUUCAAUUGUCUGACGAGCAAAUUGCUUUACUUCCACCAGACCAGCGCCAGAGCAUCAUGGUGCUUAAAGAACAAAUUGCAAGAAGCUCACGUUAAUUUCACCGAUCUGCUUACAACAAGAUAAUCGAAAGAUUCAAUAAAUGCAAGCAAUGAAUUACCAAUAAAAAAAUGGAAUCAUCUUA